GAAGAGGAGGAAAAAGAAGAGGAGGAGGAAGAGGAGGAGAGCGCGGCGUGCCGGGCACAGCUGCGCGCUCCCCGCGCCCUCAGGAUGAAGAUGGUCAGUGUCCUGCUGGUUUCGCUCUGGCUGUCCAUGGUCACUCUUGGCAGAGGCUCAGAGCGCUGCGACGACUGGGGUGUGGACACCAUGAAGCAGAUCCAGAUUUAUGAUGGGGAACCUGCCAAGAUCAAAUGCCCACUUUUUGAGACCUUCUUGAAGUACAACUACAGCACAGCCCAUUCUGCUGGCCUAACCCUGAUCUGGUACAGGAUUGCACAGGACCGGGAUCUGGAGGAGCCCAUUAAUUAUCGUCUCCCUGACAAUCACAUCAGUAAGGACAAAGACACCCUUUGGUUCUGGCCUGCUCUUCUCAAUGACACUGGGAAUUACACCUGCAUGCUCAGGAACACAACCUACUGCAGCAAAGUUGCUUUUCCCUUGGAAGUUGUUCCAAAAGACCAGCACUCUUGUGUGAGCCAUUCCAUAAAACCCACUGAGGAGAUGUUCUACUUGGAGCAUGCCAAUCAGAAGAUCACAUGCCCAGAUAUUGAUGGGUUUUACCCUGCCAGUGUGACACCAACUGUCAAGUGGUACCUGAACUGCAACUUGGUGGAUGGCUUCUAUGAGCGAUAUCCCCAGGGGCCCAGGCUUGUCAUUGGCAUUGUCCGCAGUGCCUACAAAGGGAAUUACACUUGCAUUGUGACAUUCAAGGACCAUGGAAGAACCUAUAAUCUCACCAGAACCGUAAAGAUGAAGGUGGUGGGAUCUCCAAACAAGGCCUUGCCACCACAGUUCACCUCUCCAAAUGAGAAAGUUGUGUACGAACUGGAAGCAGGUGAUGACCUUAUCCUGCCCUGUGAGGUUUUCUUCACAUUCCUGAAGGACUCCCGGACCGAGGUGUGGUGGACCAUAGAUGGGAGAAACACAGAUGACAUCACCGACCCCAAGAUAAAAGUCACACAAAGUGAAAUUACCAGAGAUUUUGAAGACAAGACUCUGGUGAGGACUCUGACAGUGGCAAAAGCCACGGCGGAGGAGCUGAAGCGGAAUUACACUUGCCAUGCCAGGAACGCCAAGGGCGAGGAGCGCAGCCAGGCCGUGGUGCGCGUGAAAGUUGUAGCACCCAAGUACACAGUGGAGCUGGCCUGUGGCCUGGGGGCCACCAUCCUGCUCGUUGUGGUGCUCAUAGUCAUCUAUCACGUGUAUUGGCUUGAAAUGGUCCUCUUCUAUCGGGCUCAUUUUGGAACGGAUGAAACCAUUCUAGAUGGGAAGGAGUAUGACGUGUACGUGUCCUACGCCCGCAACGCCGAGGAGGAGGAGUUUGUGCUGCUGACGCUGCGCGGGGUCCUGGAGAACGAGUUCGGCUACAAGCUGUGUAUCUUCGACAGAGACAGCCUCCCUGGGGGAAUUGUCACAGAUGAAACCCUGAGCUUCAUCCAGAAAAGUCGACGUCUGCUUGUUGUCCUGAGCCCCAACUACGUCUUGCAGGGGACACAGGCCCUGCUGGAGCUCAAGGCUGGCCUAGAGAAUAUGGCCUCCAAGGGCAACAUCAAAGUCAUUCUAGUGCAGUACAAAGCCAUCAAGAAGAGCAAAGUGAAGGAACUGAAGCAGGCCAAGGCAGCCUUGAAUGUCAUUAAAUGGAAAGGCGAGAAAUCCAAGUUCCCAAAGGGCAGGUUCUGGAAGCAGCUGCAGGUGGAAAUGCCAGUGAAAAAAAUUAGCAGGAGUUUAAGCCUUGAUGGGUUGAUGCAUAUCCCUGAAAAAUGUUUGACCCAGUCAGAAAACAAACCAAAACACACCUCAAAAAUCCACAAGUUAGGCCAGGGUGUGGGGAGGAACUCAGGGUUUUUUCCAUGAAGGACCAUGUCCCAGGCAUUUCAGAGGAUAGUCAUGUUUUCCCUGCAGCUUUGAUAUUGCUCUGUCAUUAGAAAUGAAGAUGCAAACACCUGCUUUCUGCAAAUGUAUGUCCUUGUUAUCAACCACACAAGCCCUGGGCUUAAGGUUUAAAUUUGCUAUCUAGGUGGGAUGCAUCCAGCACCUUGUGAUAGCAUGGCCAGUACUCCUAGAUCCAGUUCCUAUGGGACCUUCAUUAGCAUCCAGGACAGAGCUUCUUUCCAGUCCUAAGUAACUUCACUCCUUUCUGGUCCUCAGUCCCUGUUGCAGAGGCUGAGGAACAAUUUGCAAGGUGGCUCCAGUGCAGAGCCUUUCCUGCAUGUCCCAGGUCUGUAGUCCCAAUCACUUGUGGGAUCACAGACUCCUGCUGCACUGUGGGGAGCGUGGAAUUUUGAAGCUCCUCAUCUCUGUUCCCCAAAUUUCCUUUGAAGCAGAUGCAUCCAGAUAGUUUGGCCAUGGGAAAUGGCUGUUACAGAAGUAUCAAAAAAAACCCCACAACUGUACUGGGUGCUAUUUGUAUUGUAGCACAUGUAGGAACAAGUGUCCCAAUCUCUGGGACUCUGCAGUCUCACAAGUGCCCCAGAUCCUUCAGAGCUGCUUGUAAUCCAGGGAAAUCUCUCAUGAGUGCAGGCUGUGGAGCAUGUGAGAGAUGUUUAUUUGUAGAGUAAACUCAGGGACUUCACAAGCACUACAAGGAACCCCAAUGUACUACUGAACCUGCCUACUCUCUGUGCCACUAGCUGGGGGAAAGCAUCAUGCAAGGUGCUUCCAAGGUCUUUGGAAUAACAUGGAUAUAAGUCCAACUCAGAAGGACACUCCAGAAACUUACUUGAAUUUCCUAAAAGCUACUAGUUCUGUCCAUGUAGGUAAGACUGUGAGGACAGGCUGAGAAAGCUGGGGAUGUUCUCCCUGGAGAAGGUUUUUUGUGGUCUUUCAGUGCUUAAAGGGAGCUUACAAGAAAAGUGGGGGCAGACUUUUUAGUAGGGCCUUUUGCAAUUACCCCUUAAUGGACAAGGGGUAAUAGUUUUAAACUAAAAGAGAGUAGAUUCAGACUAUACUUAAGGAGGACAUCUUUUAUAAUGAGAGUGGUAGAACACCGGCACAAGUUGCCAAGGGAGGUAGAUGCCCCAUCCCUGGAACCAUUCAAGGCCAGGUUGGACAAGGUUGUGAGCAAUCUGAUCCAGCUGAAUAUAUCCCUGCUUAUUGCAGGGAGGGUGGCCUUUGAAGGUUCUUCCCAACCCACAUUAUUCUAUGAUUUUAUAAUGACUCUCUUCAAUGCCUGGUUUUGAACAACGUUGCCACUUCUAAUUCAGGGUUUAGGUUUAAACUAGCUUUGGCUUUACAAAGCAAGUCUCUCCCCAUCUUGAUUCUAGCCCAAAGCUGCAGAACAGAGAGUGUAUCUCAGCUUCUGCAACAUUUGCACAAAACAGAAGCACAAAAUCCUGCUGUGUAGGUGUCCUUGCUUCAGCAGGAGAGAGGGCAUGGUGAGUUAACCCCCAUCACACAGUUCAUGCUGAGGAGGGGAGUUUAAUCUCUCCUGUAGGACAAACCAAAGCACAGUGGGGCCCUGGCAUUGACUGGUGCUAUGGUUCACAAUGUUUUCAAAUAAAACUUCAGGCUCUGGAGGUGUCUCCACACUCCUGCGGCUCUUAGUGCAAGGACCUGCCCACUUAAUUGUGGACUUCAGUAUUACACACACCAAGUGCAUACUUAUUUUUAUUAGUGAUGGUUGCUCCUGAGUCACCUUUGACUCAUGCAUUUAUUCUCUUGGUGUCCAGUGGGUGAGGCAUUAGCAUUUAUAAUGGUACUAUAAAAGCACUACAAUUAGGAGUCUAUGCACUAUUCACCCAGCUGAGCUGGGAGCUUUGAGGGUGUCCCAGUAAAAAGCCCAGCCUUAAAGGUGUGGGACUGAAUGGUGUCAGGAAAGCCUUUUGCCCUUUGCAAAAAGCAUUUUAGGAUUAAUAAUGUUAUUCCAGGGCUGCAGGGAGCUACAGCCCCCCAUGCCCUUAGUCAGGUACUGUAUGUUGUGUUUAGGAAUGGUACCCCACAAUUCAGGGCUCCCCCUGAAACCAUGUGCCCCUUAUUUUCCCCCUGUCCCUUCUUCUGCAGAGGGAGGGAGAGGAGAAUUGGAGGCACAAAAGGUAAAGAUCCUGCCAGGAGAUAAGAAAAAUUUACUGGAAACAAUAAUGUGAUAAGAAAAUGAACAUUAACAACAACAAUAUUGGUGAUAGAGGGUACAAGAAAUGAAUAAUUCCCAUGGACAAACCCCCUGAUAAUUUACCAUUCCUUCUGCUGCCUUCACUGGCCCAGCUGCGCUGUGCUGGGACCCUUUCUCUCCAAAAGAG